AUGAACGAUCCUUGGAGAAAAAGAGAAGCAUGGAGAUCACAAUAUCCUUUCACAACUAUUAUGAAAAUAAACAAGAUAUUUCCUGGAUUAGGCCUCGGCAUUGGUGCAUUUGUUAUUUAUUGUUGUGUUGAAAAAAUUUUUGAAAAAAAAAGUGUCUUAGAAAAAAAAAAAUGA